GGUUAGCAAGAACAGAGGCUGCUGCGUCUCCGCCACUCAAGCUAUUAGUCACCAACAAAUUCUGUGGAAUAAACCCAAUAUUUCUCUAUCUUUGGAUACUGGAUAUUUUUCUUGGAAAGUUUUGGAAUCAAAUAGCCGACACGCGAUACUUAAAGUCCGUCUAGAGAGGUGAUACAACUUGAUUAAAGCGUCUAAUGUACUGAACGAAACGGAAGUAACUUGCCAGCUGUCUGGCUAAGCUCCUGAGUGUCUGAAUGCCAACUCUGUGGGUGAUGGAGUUAGGCAGGCAACUCUGUGGGAAGAUGAGGCGGUCCAAUAAGCGGGCCCAACUCUCCUCUUCUCCUACUUCCAUUCGGGGCUUGGAGAUCCACUUUUACACAGAUGAGGCGCUCCAGAUAGACUACUUCAAAGGCUGCUACACUGCGUUGGAGCUCUGUGUGGAGGCUGCUAAGAAAUGCUCAAUCUCUCCCUUGUGCCAUAACCUAUUUGCCCUGUAUGAUGAGACAAAUGCCACCUGGUACCCCCCCAACUAUGAGUUCAAGAUCACAGAUGAAACCAGUGUCAAGUUGCACUAUCGCAUGAGAUUUUAUUUCAGAAACUGGCAUGGCACCACUGAAGGAGAGUCUCCAGUUUGGAGACACUGCCUCAGUAAACUCAAAGGAGGACCAAGCCCGAAGAAAACACCAGAAGGAACUCCCCUACUGGAUGCUGCCUCUCUCGACUACCUGUUUGCCCAGGGCCAGCAUGACUUUGUGACAGGUGUGGUUCCUCUGAGGAUGUCCAACUCAGAGGCAGAGCAACACGAGAUAGAAAAUGAGUGUUUGGGCAUGGCUGUGCUUGCUAUCACUUAUUAUAAUAAGGAUAUGGAUAUGCCCAUGCCAACUGCUUCCCAUGAAAUCAGCUACAAACGCUUCAUCCCGGAGUCGCUGAACCGCAACAUUAAGCAUCGCAACUUCCUGACACGCAUCCGCAUCAACAACGUCUUCAAGAAAUUCCUCAGUGAAUUCAACCGCCGCACAAUGAAGGACAGCAACAUCACGCAGUACGACCUGAAGAUCAAGUACCUGGCCACACUGGAGGGCCUGACCGGCGGCCUGGGCAGCGAGCUCCUUGAGCCCGUCUCGCUCAGUGUAAUGCAGGAAGGAGAUCUCUGCAAUGGAGGUUACUAUGGAUACUGCAACCCGAGCCAAGGGCAGAGCCAGAGUCAGAACAUGAAGACGAGCCAUGACAUGCAGGUCCUGGUUACAGGAACCGCUGGCAUUUCCUGGAGGAAGAAGCCUGCUACAACGCCUCUGAGCGCCAAAGAAAAGGGCAAGUCAAAGAAGAACAAGUUGGAUGAAAAACUGAAAAAUGACAAAAAGAAUGAGGCGAACGACGACUGGGUGGUGUUCUGUGACUUCCAUGAGAUCACACACACUGUCAUCAAAGAAGCGACGGUCACCAUCUUCAGACAGGACAACAAGAGGAUGGAGUUGCAUAUGGCUUACAGGGGUGAGGCUCUGUCCUUCGCAGCCCUUGUGGAUGGGUACUUCAGGCUGACAGUGGAUGCCCACCACUUCCUGUGCAAGGAGGUGGCCCCUGCUUCAGUGGUGCACAACAUCAACAACGGCUGCCACGGACCCAUCUGCACGGAGUAUGCCAUCCACAAGCUGCGUCAGGAGGGCAACGAGGAGGGCACCUACAUCCUGCGCUGGAGCUGCACUGACUACCAGUACAUCAUCAUCACUGUGGUCUGCAAUGAGAUCGACCUGAGGGAGUCUCGUCCCGUGCGUCAGUAUAAGAACUUCCAGAUCGAGGUGGCCCCCACUGGGUUCCGCUUGUACGGCACUGAGACGGUUCGGGCCACUCUCCUUGAGCUGCUGGAGCACCUGGAGGGCCAAAGCCUUCGCACCGACAACCUCCAGUUCCAGCUGCUGCGCUGUUGCCCUCCACAGCCUAGAGAGAUUUCUAACCUGCUGGUGGUCACUAAAGAUAGAGCACCGGCCCCUCAAACACCCAUGCAGGAGAGUCAUCUCAGCUUCCAUCGCAUUCUCAAGGAGGAGAUUAAACAGGAGGAGCACCUUGGCCGGGGCACAAGAACCAACAUCUACUCAGGCUCACUGACGGUGAAGAGUGAGGAGGAGGAGGAUGAUGUAGGUUACUCAUCCUUCCAGGAGGUCAAGGUGGUCCUGAAGGUGCUGGGUUCUGGACACAGGGACAUCUCCAUGGCCUUCUUUGAAACAGCCAGCAUGAUGCGACAAGUCUCCCAUAAACACAUAGUGCUGCUGUAUGGAGUGUGUGUUCGCCAUCAGGAGAAUAUCAUGGUUGAGGAGUUCGUCCAGCUAGGACCACUGGACUUGUUUAUGAGGAGACAGCAGAGCCCACUCGGCACACCGUGGAAGUUCCAGGUGGCCAAGCAGCUGGCCUCAGCUCUGAGCUACUUGGAGGACAAAAAGCUGGUCCAUGGCUUUGUGUGUUCUAAAAACAUCCUGCUGGCCAGAGACGGACUGGACGCCGAUGAAGGAGGGCCCUUCAUCAAGCUCAGCGACCCAGGAAUACCGAUCACAGUACUCACCAGAGAGGAGUGUGUUCAUCGUAUCCCAUGGAUCGCUCCCGAGUGUGUGAAGAGCAUGUCCUCCCUGAGCAUCGCAGCUGACAAGUGGGGCUUUGGUACCACCCUGUGGGAGAUCUGCUAUGAUGGAGAAGAACCCCUCAAAGACAAGAAGCUCACAGAGAAGGAGAGAUUCUAUGAAACUGAGUACCAACUGGCCACCCCAGACUGCAGAGAGCUGGCUGAACUGAUGACCCACUGCAUGAACUACGACCCCAAGAAGAGACCUUUCUUCAGGGCUAUCGUCAGAGACAUAGACAUGCUAGAGGAAAAGAACCCAUCCAUCAUACCCCAGCCUACACAAGACGUGGACCCAACUGUGUUUGAAAAGAGAUUCUUAAAGAGAAUCAGAGAUCUGGGCGAGGGCCACUUUGGUAAAGUGGAGCUGUGUCGCUAUGAUCCUCGGGGAGAUAAAACAGGUGAGCUGGUGGCCGUGAAGUCCCUGAAGCCUGAGAAGAGUGAAGAGCAGAGCAACAACCUCUCGAGUGAGAUCGACAUCCUGAAGGCACUCUACCAUAAAAACAUCGUCAAAUACAAGGGCAUCUGCCAAGAGGAAGGUGGUCAGGCCAUUAAGCUGAUCAUGGAGUACCUUCCACAGGGCAGUUUGAAGGACUAUCUUCCCAGAAACAAAAGCAAGACCAGCCUCAGCACCCUGCUCAGCUACUCCAUCCAGAUAUGCAAGGGAAUGGAGUAUCUUGGAUCUCAAAAUUACAUCCACCGGGACCUGGCUGCCAGAAAUGUGCUGGUGGAGAACGAGAGGACGGUGAAGAUCGGCGAUUUCGGCCUCACCAAGAGCAUCAAGGACAACGAGUUAUAUUACACCGUCAAAGACGAAAACGACAGCCCCGUUUUCUGGUAUGCUCCAGAGUGUCUGACUCACUGUAAGUUCUACCUCGCUUCAGACGUUUGGUCCUUUGGGGUGACGAUGUUCGAACUCAUCACUUACUGCGACUCCUCCAAGAGCCCGAUGGCGCUCUUCCUCUCUAUAAUUGGUAAAACUCAAGGUCAGAUGACCAUCAUCCGAUUGGUGAAGGUGUUGGCAGAUGGGGAGAGGUUGCCACGUCCUGAGGGCUGUCCUGAACCUGUGUACGAGCUGAUGUGCAAGUGCUGGGAGCAAAAGCCAGAGAAGAGAAUCACCUUUAUGCGCCUGGUGGAGGAGCUGACCAACAUGCAGCAGCAGCUCCAACCACAAAACGACAUUUAAACGGCCUCAGACUGUUUGAGACUCUGGGAGUGAAGUUGACUUCUGCGUGCAGACUCGGGACCAGAUGCCAACGGCAAAACUGACCCCAGAUCAGCAUCUGCAGCUUCAUUUCACUGAGAGACGGUCCUGAAGGAUCAGAGCGUCACACUCUCACAUAAACCUUCCACAACCAUGAAAAAACUUUUAAGUCCCAUCAGUUAUUUUAGUCCGCCAUAUUUGUAUUUCUCAUGUUUGUUAUACUUUUCUGAUAUUUUCUAAUUUUAGUUUUUUUUAUUUGUAUUUGUAUUUUGGAUGAAACGAGUAAAUCCCGUCAGAUCUUGUAGCCGUGGCCUAUGCUAACUGUGCCCUUAUAUCUAACAAAGGACUUCCAAGUAUAUCGAAGGGAUUUAACUGUAACUCUCUGCUCUUAAUAUUUCCCUUUAUGGCCUUUAUAAUAGCGUGGACUUGAGGCUGCUAUCACUCUCACUGAUGGAGACCGAGCAGAGGAAGGAACUGUUUAACGUUGACUUUCACACAGUUGUUGUCCGUCUUCUCUGUGACGGACACCGAGGGGAUCGCUGAUGAAUAAUCUUGUCAAUGACUUUGAUGGAUGGACACACAGGCAUUAACGCAGAUACUGAAGAUGUGUUUUUCAACGUUAUGUGCCAUGUGCGGUUCGUCUCAUGGACUCCUGUUUGGGAGAAAAAUCCCCUGAUUUGUAUUUCUUUCAGUUAGAAACACAAGAGCGAUCUGUGAUGGAUAUUCUGUUCAUGAUGUGCAGAUGCAGUCUCUGAGAACUGGCUAUUAGAGUCAGCAAUGUUUCUUUCACUGCGUUCUUGUCAUUCAAUCGCGAGGAGUUUCUGCUGUCGGUCGGACAAAACAAGAAGAAGAAAACAAAACCUUUAUUUUCAGACAUUUUAUAGACCAAUUAAUCGAGAAAAUAAUCCACAGAAUGAUUGCAUUGUGUAAUAAAUGCCACUCUUACCCAAAGUGGCCGGACACAAAGGAGAAUACUUUCUCUGAAGGAGCUGCAUCUGCAAAGGAACAGAACAUCUACUUUUUUUUUUUUUUUUACUCUCUAAUCAUCUUCCAUGUCGUUCCUCUUUAAAUCAGCAGAAGUCACAUCUUUUGCACCGUGUUAAGGUCCUCUGAUAGUUCAGUUUAUAAUCUUUAAUGGAGUUUGGUUCUUUUAAAUGUAACACAUUUGAAUUGAGAACUUUGAGAGACAUGAGGAGUGUGCGAUGAAGAUAAGUACCUGGGAGAGACACUUGAGGGCAGCAUCACUUUACUUCUCCUCUUCUACUGUUUUUGUAGCUUCGCCACAAAUAUCUUAUUAACGUCUAUAUACUAUACAGAAUAGUGCAAAAGAAAUAGAGCCAAUAUCCAUUGUUGCAGAUUAUAUGUGAAAGGGCUUCAGAUGGAACAGUUUCAAGUAAGAAAGAUUAAUCAACGAUUAUUCACACAUAGCAUUUUAUGUUCGGCUAAAUAUAUUAUUUCUUUUAGUGACAUUCAUCAUGUUUGUGCAAUUUAUUUUUAAUUCCGCAUUAUGCCAGAACAUUUAUAAAAGAUUAUUUUAUCUGCGAGGAUGUGAAAUGGUUUGAGCAGAGGGUUUUUUUCUCUUUUUAAAUCUGUCGACAUGAGCCGUGAACUUCCACUCAGUCGAAGCAUCAUUCAAGAAACGGUCAGCUGUUCUCCAUGUAACUGUGGCUUACUGUGAAGGUUGGCAUGAAGGGAGGGGGGAACUUUAAACAAAGACAAAGUUGUGCUUCAGUCCACAUUUUAUUUAGGAAUGUAAAAGACAAUUCCUUCUGCUCAAAAUAAGAAAAAGAAAUAUAUAUUUUUCAAAAAAUAAGAUGAAAGUAUGAAUAUGGAAGGUAAAAGAAUCCAUAAAUACACAAUGAAAAAAUAAAUAAAAUCAAUGUUUGUUGUGUUCUGUCAGUCCAAAUGCAAUAUAUUAUUAACUACUGAAAACAGUUUGUUCUAUAUAUUACACUUUUAAGUAGGCAUGCUAUCAUUGCUCUAGAAAAUACCUUAUUCACAGUAAAACAAUAGUCAGUGUGAUAUAAGAUUUUGCAAAAUCUACAGUAUAUCUCAGGUCAGAAAAGAAUCCACAGACGCAAAAAACUGUUUACAAAGCAAGAAGCACAGCAAAUCUAGAUUUAUCUACAGUCAUUAAAAUGUGUCAGGAAAUCAGAAAUACUUCAGUAUUGCAAAAGCUUUGCCGCACACUCACACACACACACACACACACACACACACACACACACACACACACACACACACGUACAAUGGCAAUGCACUGAAGCUUAGAGGAAGCUCCGUUUACACAAGAACAGGAAAGUCUGGAUUUUAAUCUGAAGUGAUUCAGCGAUAAAAAGAAAAA